AUGUUCAAGUGUCUGCUGAUCUCGGCCCUGGGCGUCAGUGCCGUCAACGCCCACGGAUGGCUCACGAAACCGGCCGCAACAUUUGACAGCGCGGCCGGUGACAAGUCGCAGUUUAUCGCGACGAUCGAGGCUUCUUCGUCGGGAUUCAAGGGCACCUUCAACACCGCACCGGCGGACAACGUGGCCUCCUUUACCAAAGCUUUCGAGGCCAGCAAGUACAAGUCUCUCAAGGAGUUUAUCGACGACAAGGCCAAGAUCACCGUCACUGGCGCUACCCUCACCUGCGGUAUUGCUGAACCCGAUGCAGCUGCCCAGCCCGUUCCUGCUAAGUUGGAGUGGUCGCACUCGGACUCGGAGGGCUUUACGUCUUCGCACGAAGGCCCCUGUGAGGCCUGGUGCGAUGACACGAGAGUUUUCAACGACGAGAACUGCGCGGCCAACUUCAAGACUGCUCCUGCCGAGAUGCCGUACGAAUCGAGCAACACCCCGUCGACCCCCUCUGCGGGUACCCCGACGGCUCCUUCCACGGGGGGAUCUCCGUCGACCGGGACCACCCCGUCAACGUCGACGACGGCCGAGGAGUCUGACUGCGGCUCGUACGAUGUCGCUGGAUCCGAGUCGGACUGCGACGAGUACGAUGUGGCAGGCGGAAGUGAGGAUGAAGGCCAAGACACUGGCGCUCAAACGCAGCAGGGAUCCACGAACACGGGCACCCAGUCCCAGACGAACACGGGCACUCAGUCACAGACGAACACGGGCACUCAGUCACAGACGAACACGGGAACUCAGCAACAGACGAACACGGGAGGGAACAACAACUACUGGCAGGGUGGCUGGGGUACCGGAACCGGAACCCAGACAGGCACGAACAACUACUGGCAGGGUGGCUGGGGUACCGGAACCGGAACCCAGACAGGCACGAACAACUACUGGCAGGGCGGCUGGGGUAACACAAACACCGGAACUGGAACCCAGGCAAACACGGGAACGGGCUCGCAGACCAGCUUCGAUUUCAACACCUUCCAGGGCAAGACCGAUGCCGGCACUGUGUCGCCUCAGAAGAGCAUGUAG